GAACUCGGGGCGGAGCUGGAGAAACGUGAGAGUCUCAUCGCGCAGUUGCGCUCGCAGCUAUCUGGCCCUGGUGGAGACAGCCAGCCGCACAUGAUCGACGUCGGCGACUCGGAGGGCAGCGGCGUCCGCGUGCCCGAGCAGCCGCUCGAGGAGGCCAGCGCCAGCCGCGAACCCGAGCAACCGCCGACCGUGCCCAGCGUCACCCGUGAACCCGAGCAGCCGCCGACCGUGGAGGGCACCAUCCACGAGACCGAGCAGCCGAUCGAGGAGGCGACCGUCCGCGAGCCCGAGCAGCCACUCAUAGAGGUCAACGACGUCCGCACGCCGCCGCUCGAGGAGGUCACCCCCGUCUGCCAGGCCGACCCCGUCCCCGAGAUCGGGCCCUUGUCAGGCGCGCGUGGGUCGCAGAGUGACACGCCCGCGGAUGCAGAGACGAUCCCAGGGGGCCCGCAGGAGAUGAAGUUCGGUGCUCACAUCAAGAACUUGAAGGAGAAUGGCGCCAAGGAAGAUUGGGCAACGUGGGACGACGAGAUGGGCGAUGCGCUCUUCGCAGACGGAGUUCCACCUGAGCUAGCCUCGCAGCUGGCUGCUACACCAUCGGUCGCCGUGGAUGGGGCCGCCGCCGCCGCGGAUGCGGAGAUCAGCAGCACCGACGACGAGGAGAUGAAGGCAGCCAAGCGGGUGUCGAGGUUGCUAGCUGAGCAGCCCCGCGACGACGACAUAGACAGCGCGGUGAAGGCGUCGCAGGAUCAGCAGAAGCUCGACGAGGCGCGUCGCUGCAAGAUGGAGGUCGAGCACCUGACGGCGGCCAUCAUCGCUUCGAAGAAGACGGUCCCGCCCGAGAUCUACGCUGACAGGUGCCCCGAGGCUGCGCCGAGUGGCGGGCGCGGCCAGUUGGCGUCGCAUGCGGGCGCGGCUGGGCCGAGUGGCUGCCCGCCCAGCGUGCCGGCAACCCCGCAGGGCCAGUCCCAGGAGGCGCAGGGCGACAAGGUGGGCGGCGGCCUCGCGGACGGCGACGCCGCUGGAGGAAUGCAGAAGGCCCCCAGUGGGUAA